AUGGGUGGGCUUUACCUGCUAGGAGGGGGAGAUGGGCUGGAGAUGAUCAAUGACACGCUCAGCAGGACAAGUUGGGUGGAGGAGGACAACUCGGAGCUGUCCUUGCGGGUGGCGAUGGCUGCCCUGCUCUUCUUCCUCAUCCUCUCCACCUUGCUGGGCAACACUCUGGUGUGCGUGGCUGUGAUCAAGUUCCGGCACCUGCGCUCCAAGGUCACCAACUUCUUCGUCAUCUCGCUGGCCGUCUCCGACCUGUUCGUGGCCGUGCUGGUGAUGCCGUGGAAGGCAGUCGCUGAGGUGGCCGGUUUCUGGCCUUUCGGGGGCUUCUGUGAUGUCUGGGUGGCCUUUGACAUCAUGUGCUCCACAGCCUCCAUCCUCAACCUGUGCAUUAUCAGCGUGGACCGGUACUGGGCCAUCUCCAGCCCCUUCCGCUAUGAGAGGAAGAUGACCCAGCAGGUGGCUUUCAUCAUGAUUGGGGUGGCUUGGCUGCUCUCCAUCUUGAUCUCCUUCAUCCCUGUGCAGCUGAGCUGGCACAAAGCCAGUGACCUCCUUGCUCAGCAGGAGCCCGGCUCCAACUCCACACAGGGCUCAGAGGAGAACUGUGACUCCAGCCUCAACAGGACCUAUGCCAUCUCCUCGUCCCUCAUCAGCUUCUACAUCCCCGUCGCCAUCAUGAUCGUCACGUACACCAGGAUCUUCCGCAUCGCUCAGCGGCAGAUCCGCAGGAUCUCCUCUCUGGAGAGAGCUGUGGAGCAUGCCCAGAACUGCCACAGCAAUGACUGCCCCCACGAGGCCUCCCUGAAGAACUCUUUCAAGAAGGAGACCAAAGUCCUCAAGACCCUCUCCAUCAUCAUGGGUGUCUUCGUCUUCUGCUGGCUGCCCUUCUUCGUGCUCAACUGCAUGGUGCCCUUCUGCGACCUUGGCCUGCAUGAUCCCGGGGAGCUGCCCUGUGUCAGCGAGACAGUCUUCAACAUCUUUGUCUGGUUUGGCUGGGCCAACUCCUCCCUCAACCCCAUCAUCUAUGCCUUCAAUGCUGACUUCAGGAGGGCCUUUGCCACCAUCCUGGGCUGCGGCCGUCUCUGCCCCAGCAACGCGGUGGAGACGGUGAAUUUCAGCAACGAGCUGGUCUCCUACCACCAUGACACCACCUACCAGAAGGAUGUGGUGACUCUCAGCGACCCGCACCUUCUCCCCCAUGUCACCCUGCAGGCAGAAGACAAUGAGCUGACUUUUGACCAAGUGCCCCAGAUCUCCAAGACCUCCCACAACAACCAUGCCAACGCCAUCUUGCCAGCUGUGGUCCACGUGGAGUGCGAGAUGGAUAUAUCACUGGAGAAGAUCACUCCCUUCACCUCCAGUGUGCUGGAUUGAAAAGGGAUCAGGAGAGGGAGUUGGGACGGGGAGACGGGAUAUGGCAGGGAGAGGUCUGCAGCAAA